AGAUGAGGAAAAUAAAGAUAAAAUAAAAUAUGAUAAAAAAAAUUAAUUGAAUAUAAAAUUGUUCAAUAUCAUCCUCUUACAAAAUAGUUGUUCAUUAAUACCCUUGUACCUUAUUUUUUUGUUUAGGGAAAUGAUUCAUGUACCCACUAAGACAACAGUCGGUAGGUUAACCUCCUUUGAAAAAUAUAUUUAUAGUCUAAUUAAGAAUAAGAGAUGAAUAACUUUACUUGUAGCCAUUCACCUAGCCAUACUCUAUUUUUGUUUCCAAACAUAUAAUAACUUGAUCCCUUCUCCUUUCUUUGAUUCUUCACUGAUUUCUUGUCUUCUCUAGCACCGACACUAGCAUUGUCACCACUAUUGGCCACUGCGUUUCCUCACUUCCUCCUCCUUUCUCUUUCUUCCUCCCUUCUCCUUCCUUUCUUUCUCUUCCUCCAUUCUCAUUCGUUCUCAUUCUUUCUCUUCCUACCACUCCAUCUAUUCCCCUUGCUUCUCCGUAGCAAAGAAUCCAGAAAUUUUGCGUACUCAUCACCCACUAGUAACCAUCAAUUUCAUCCCAUUUGGAUCUAGCUCCUUUUUUUUUUAAUUUUUUUUUAUCAAAUAUGAAAAUUUUCAAUUUCUUUUUUUGCUCUAACCAGCACUUGGAUCUAAACUCUUGGAUCCUAGAAACACUAGACUACCUAAUCCCUCUCCCUCCCACAAAACCCCUUCAUUUUCCCAUUAUUGUAGCCUCCUUCCUCUAAACCAGCACCAAAACUAGCACCACCAUUUUAAUUUCUUCCCCACAAAGAUCCACAUUGCUGGAAUGUUGAGGUAAAAGGAUUUGAGAUUGACUAACCCAGAAAGAUGAGGAAUUUAUUAUGCAAUUGAAAAUAGGAAAAGUAGUCUUGAAUUUUAUGGGUUUCAAAUGAUUUUUUUUUUUCCAUCUUUCUGCCUGUACUUGCUAUGUUCUUCUAAAUGUUUGGUUGAAUCCCUCUUAUUCUACAGAUUGGUAAAAGCAAGCUAGAUCUCCAACUAAGAUUUGAAAAAAAGAGUCAUGGAUUUUUCUCAUUUUCGUUCUUGUGUUAGAGAUGAGAUAGAUCUAGGGAAAAGAAGAGAUUUAUGACUAUUUCUUAAAUUUAACCUUUACAUUUAUGAAGAAAAAUUGCCCCUUUUGUGCCUAGGAAAAACCCAAAUAAUUAACUUUAAUUUCUUAAUUUAACUUUAGUAAAACGAAAAUUGGAGAAGAUGAACAAUACCUCUCCAUUACCUACAAUAGCAUAACAGGAGGAAUGGCAAAGAGAAUGAGUUGAGGAAGAUGACUAACAAAAGAAGCAAAUCUUUUCAAAGGGAUCAUUGGUUGAGGGAAGCCAAAAAGAGCCAAUUUUGACAAGUAUGUUAACAAGAUCGAGUGAAGUGAUUAGAAAAUGGUAAGAAUUGAGAAGUUCUUUUAGUAUUUGUUAUGGGUCGAAUCCAAAAAGCAAAACGAAAUCGAGUGCCAUUAAUAAGCUAGAAAAGUGUUAAUAAAUCCAAUUUCGUCUAGUCAUUCAAUUGUAGUAAAGAAAAGGGGGAAAUGAAAAGCAAAGAGGAGAGAGAAAGCAUGAGAAAGAAGAAAAGGGCAUUUAUUGCCUUUGAGAAAACAUGUUUUUAGACUAUUCAAAAUAAGUUAAAGAUAAACA